UCACCGCGCCACUCUCCAGGAAACUUUCCCUGAGAUCCGGGAUAUCCAGGCAUUAUACUAUUGAUUGUCAGCAGCAGUGCCUAGUAUGAGAUCCAAGGAGGCGUCCGAGCGGUCCCUGGGCACGGUGCGGGUCCUAUAGGUGCACCGUAUGGGUGGACUUCUUGGGGGGCUUCCAGUGGAUUAUACGGACGGAUCUACAGAAUACUGACAGAGAGCGGCUCCGUAGCUGGCCAUGCACGGUGUCUGAAGUGAGUGCGGGCUGGAGCCUUCUGACAGUACCAGCAAGGAGACCCGACAGGCGCUUCCAUGGAAAUACACUGUAAGCACGACCCGUUUGCAGCAAUGCAUAGACACGGAGGAGUGAACCAGCUAGGGGGUGUGUUUGUAAAUGGCCGACCACUGCCUGAUGUUGUUCGUCAAAGAAUUGUGGAACUUGCCCAUCAAGGUGUCCGGCCGUGCGACAUCUCAAGGCAACUACGAGUUAGCCAUGGAUGCGUCAGCAAAAUUCUUGGCAGGUAUUACGAAACCGGAAGUAUUAAACCGGGAGUAAUUGGAGGAUCAAAACCAAAGGUUGCAACGCCCAAAGUAGUAGACAAAAUAGCAGACUACAAGAGGCAAAAUCCCACUAUGUUUGCAUGGGAAAUCAGGGACAGGCUAUUAGCAGAGCGAGUGUGUGACAAUGACACCGUGCCCAGUGUCAGCUCCAUAAACAGGAUCAUCCGAACAAAAGUUCAGCAGCCUACAAACCAGCAAGUACCACCUUCAAACCACAGCAUAGCUUCAACUGGUUCAGUGACUCAGGUCUCCUCUGUAAGCACAGACUCAGCAGGUUCUUCUUAUUCGAUCAGUGGAAUUCUGGGAAUUACGUCAUCCAAUGCAGAAAGCAACAAACGCAAGAGAGAUGAAGGCAUUCAGGAAUCUCCCAUACCAAAUGGCCAUUCACUUCCAGGAAGAGACUUUCUUCGAAAACAAAUGCGAGGAGACCUCUUCACUCAGCAACAACUAGAAGUGUUGGAUCGGGUAUUUGAUAGGCAACAUUACACUGAUAUCUUUACAACUAGUGAACCCAUCAAACCAGAACAGCAGGUUCGUUGGCUACCACGUUUGGAACAGGUUGAGUUUUCUGGCGGCUCGACAGCUCAGUGGCGCGAUUUUCGACUCGCUCUUCAUCAUGAGCCCAACAGCCGAACCUCGACAACAGAUUAUUCUACCAUGGCAUCUCUAACUGGUGGCUUGGAUGAAAUGAAAUCCAGUCUAACAAGUUCAUCUUCAGGGGAUUUAGGAGGAACUGUUCCUGGACACCAAUCAUAUCCUAUUGUAACAGGUCGUGAUUUGGCAAGCACAACCCUCCCUGGUUACCCUCCACACGUCCCCCCUGCUGGACAGGGCAGCUACUCUGCUCCAACGCUGACAGGAAUGGUGCCUGGGAGUGAUUUCUCUGGGAGUCCAUACAGCCAUCCACAGUAUUCAUCAUAUAACGAUUCAUGGAGAUUUCCCAAUCCUGGUUUACUAGGUUCUCCAUACUAUUACAGUGCAGCGAGAGGAGCAGCGCCCCCUACUGCUGCAACUGCCUAUGAUCGUCACUGACAGAAUGCAAUGGGAACAUAAGCACUUAUGACACCAGUUGUAGGAAUUGUACCAUAUUAUUAAAUUACUAUGAUAUCUCACAAUGAAAAGAAAGAGUAUACAAGGAUAGACACACCGGACAACCCCCAAUAAUUUAUUUUCCAUCCUUGUUUUCUUUCAUAGAGAUUGAUUUUAAAUUGGUUUAUAUUGUUCUGUACUUCACCGAGCUUGCUGAAACGUGUAGCCUAAUGAAUAUUGGAAUGAUACGCUGAUUUGGCUACACUGGGACAGAUACAAACAAUUAACCAAUUAACUUGCUUUUAUUGUUCAUUUCAACAUGAGACUACAUGUUGUUGGCAUAAUCACAUAUACAGCACCAUUGUAAAUAUCAUGAUGGUUUGUGUAAUUUAUGAGAGUGGCUUAGCAUAUCCUGCACCAUGAUACACAGUUAUAACUUAAAGUGCUUGUUUUCUAAAAUGCUGCUCUGAGUCACAGAAUUCAGUAAGCUUUAAAUCCAACAUUAAACCAGGUUACCAUCCAUUAUGGCUCCAUAUGAGGCUGAUAUUCCAAUAUAUGUUUGAGGUUUAUUCCAUCAUGUGUUAAAAAUGGUACUCAUAUGCGGUGCAGUGUAUGGAUCACUAUAUUAAAAGGUUUUUGGAAGAAGUGUUAAUCUGGCAUAAUUUCCUUGCCUACUAGCAAGGGUAGGACCAGAAAUGGCUUGCCAGCAGGUGGUUGAGGCACAACUGAAAAUUGCAUGGCCAUGUAAGCCAUAGCCGUUUUCUUUAGAUUGUUAAAAAUGAUUAUUGGUCAUUUGCAUAUUUUGCUGUAAACCUACAAAACCGUAUGGCCAUUAACAAUAAGGAAGCUAUUGACAAUCAAUUUUGAAUGAUGUAAUGGAAAACAGCAUGGCUGCAGGCUUUUCAGGCCAGUCCGUGAUCAUGUCUCAACUGCCUACUGCCUGCAAGAUUUCAUCCUACCCCAAAAGCUUUGUCAGAAAAUUUAUUACAUCCAAUUAAACGUAUUGUGCAAAGAUUAUUUUGUAAAUACAGAGAACGGUGAACUUUUUGCUAGACUUACUUUAUAAUAAUGUUACAUUUACCAAGCUGAACCACAGAAUUAAAUGAAUUUAAUAAAAUAUCUACCCCCAUCAUGGAGCCUAAUCACCAAUGGAAGACAAUCAAGGCUGCUCAAAAUUAUUAAAAAAUACAUGGGUAGUCGCUAGUAGUGUCACCUCUGCAACAGUGGUAAUAAAGGUUUUGUGAGGAGCUGACUGGGGGGUCUGAAUAAAAUUGCCUUCCUCUUAUGAUGACGAAGCUUGGUAGAGGCUGUCACUAUACAGGAUGGAGUAACACCUAACCGCAGCAACACGGGGGGGGGGGGGGAAUUUUUCUUUAUGUACCAGUACUAUAAGUGAUGAAUAGAGUUGAAGGUCCAGUUGGAGAUUUUGCUCGAUAGCUCUAAAGUUACUCCUCUACUGCUUGGUAGCCAUGCUUUGGAUAUGGAUGGAAAGGUGUAAUUCAAGACAAAAUCUAAACUUGAAUUCAAGACAAAAUCUAACUUAAAUAGCAAUUUUCUGUCACUUUAACAUUGGCAGUGCACGGUAUAAUAUUAAUUAUAUUGAUGCCAGUAUUUAUCACAGGCACCUUUUGCUCUAAUAUACAAGACAGGGGGACUCAAAGGGAUUUCUUAUAUUUUAAAAAUUUCCAUCAUUAUGUAAUUAUCAAUUUUAAAAGCAUUCAAUUCUCUAUUAAAAGAGUUGUCUGAAGUAAUUCAAAGUCUCAGACAAGCCCUACAAUUGCUUAAAGUAAAAAGCUGCGGUGGGGAAGUGUGAUGUACAGGUGUACUGUACAUCACCACUGCAGCGCAUCACGGUCUUCAGCAGUAAACCACUGAGGACAGUGAUUGGCUGCCAGGCGGCCACGUGCCAUAUAUUGGCAUGUCCCUGCUGCAUUUUCUAAACAAACAGCAGCUGCAGGACUGGACCAGCACCGCCAAGGAGGUCGUUGGAGAGAGGGAUGAAUAUACCAUGAUUUUUUUUUUUUCAUUUUAAGCAAUUGUAGGGCUUGUCCAAGUAUA